UUAAACCCACUUUUCAAGAGGCCAUUGGUAUACAGACAGUAUGGUGCUUGUUAUGGUCUAGAGGUGACGCCAAAGAUAUGUGAUUAAUAUAAAAUCUUGACCCUCAAAGAACUCUGAGCCAGGAGGAAUGACAACCAACAGUUAGUGUAAUCUGUGAUGAGUUUUGGGUUAGAAAUAAGAAAAGGGUGUUAUGAGAAUAUAGAGGAAAGAAUGCCUUAUCUCUCGAGUUGGAGCAGGAAGGUUGAAACAGAGAAGACAGGCAUUCCCUGACCUGAUACUUAUAAAUCUGGAAGGAUGGUAAAAAGUUAUGGUGGAGAGAGGAAACCUUGUGUGCUAAGGAAGAGACACUGUCACAUUAAAGAGACAAUUGAUAGAGUUUAGCUGACUUGAGCUUUUAAGGAAAGUUUGGACUUUACUUGGUUAGCAGUUGGAAAUUAUAAAAUUUUAAGUAAGGUAGAAAUAACAUGAUGAAAUUUAAAUUAUAGAGAGAAACCUAUAGAAGGUUGAAACACAAGACAAUAUCAGUUUAUUAUUUAAUGCAUUAGUUCAGCAGAGCAAUAUUGAGGGAUUUAACAAAGGCAGUAAUAGGUAUGGAGAGAAGAAUACCAAUUUGAGAAAUAUUUAGGUGGUAGGAUGGAUAAGUAGGACUUGGUGGCAGGAUGUAGAGUAGGGAGAAUUUCUAUGAUGACUAAGAUUUCUAAUUUUGCCUCUUGAGAUUAGUUGGAUAUUCAAGAGUAUGGCUUUGUAGUCAAACAUGCCAGGGGUAUUCAGCUAUUUUGUUAAAAGCUACAAUGAAACAAUUGCCUGCAGCAACAGUUCGACUUCUUUCAAGUUCUCAGAUAAUCACUUCAGUGGUCAGUGUUGUAAAAGAACUUAUUGAAAACUCCUUAGAUGCUGGUGCCACUAGCAUUGAGGUUAAACUGGAGAACUACGGAUUUGAUAAAAUUGAGGUGCGAGACAAUGGUAAGGGUAUUAAGGCCAUUGAUGCACCUGUAAUGGCGGUGAAGUACUAUACCUCAAAAAUAAAUAGCCAUGAAGAUCUUCAAAAUUUGACAACUUAUGGUUUUCGUGGAGAAGCUUUGGGAUCAAUUUGUUGUGUAGCUGAGGUUUUUAUUACAACAAGGACGGCUGCAGAUAAUUUUAGCACCCAGUAUGCUUUAGAUGGCAGUGGCCACAUAAUUUCUCAAAAACCUUCACAUCUUAGUCAAGGUACAACUGUAACAGCUUUAAGAUUGUUUAAGAAUCUACCUGUAAGAAAGCAGUUUUACUCAACUGCUAAAAAAUGUAAAGAUGAAUUAAAAAAGGUCCAAGAUCUCCUCAUAAGCUAUGGUAUACUUAAACCUGACUUGAGGAUUAUGUUUGUACAUAACAAGGCAGUUAUUUGGCAGAAAAGUAAAGUAUCGGAUCAUAAGAUGGCUCUCAUGUCUGUUCUGGGAACUGCAGUGAUGGGCAAUAUGGAAUCCUUUCAGUACCACGCUGAAGAGUCUCAGAUUUAUCUAAGUGGAUUUCUUCCAAAAUAUGACGCAGAUCACUCUUUUACAAGUCUUUCAACCCCAGAAAAGAGUUUCAUCUUUAUAAACAGUCGACCAGUACACCAGAAAGACAUUCUAAAGUUAAUCCGACAUCAUUACAAUCUGAAAUGCCUAAAGGAAUCUACUCGUUUGUAUCCCAUUUUCUUUUUGAAAAUUAAUGUUCCUACAGCUGAUGUGGAUGUAAAUUUAACACCAGAUAAAAGUCAAGUAUUGUUACAGAAUAAGGAAUCUGUUUUAAUUGCUCUUGAAAAUCUGAUGACGACUUGUUAUGGAUCACAACCUGGUACAAAUUCUAACGAGAAUAAUAAAACAGAUGUUUCCUCAGCUGACAUGAUUGUUAGUAACAUAGCAGAAACAGAUGUGCUGUUAAAUAAGAUGGAAUCAUCUGGAAAUAAUUACCCAAAUGUUGAUACUUCAACCUUUUCUUUCCAAAAUGCUAUAUAUAAUGAUGAAUCUGGAAGCAGCACUAAUUCUUGUUUAAAUAAUCAGAUAAGGGUUGAUGACCAUUAUGACGAUCAUUUCAGUCAUGAACUUUCUAGCAUUGAUAUGAACACUAAAAAUACACUUCAAGAAACCCCAAUGGAUAAUUUAUCAUGUGAGGAAGUCCAGAAGGACAAUAGUGAAACUUGUUUUGUAAGUUCUGUUAAGCAUGCCCUAUCAGAAAAUGUCAAUAAAAGCCCUAUAGAUCAGAGUGGGAAAAAUAAGGAAGAACCAGUUCCUGAGAAGUCUUUGGAAAUUUGUGCAGAUGACUGGAGCAGGGGAAAUGUACUUAAUUCAGCAGGAGAAAACAUUGAACCUGUCAAAAUUUUAGUGCCUCAAGAAAGUUCAACAAGUAAAGUAAGUAGUAAUAAUCAUCCUCGUCCAAGCCCUGAGCAAAAAAACCUCAGUGAAGGUUCUUGUAACAAAAAAUCGAAUGUGGUAGAUAAUAAAUCCGGACAGCUUACCGCUUAUGAUUUAAUUAGCAAUCGAGUAAUAAAGAAGCCUAUGUCAGCAAGUGCCCUUUUUGUUCAAGAUCAUCGAGCUCAGUUUCUCACAGAAAACUCUAAGAGCACUUUGGAGGAUGCAACAGUACAGAUUGAAGAACUGUGGAAGACAUUGAGUGAAGAGGAAAAACUGAAAUAUGAGGAGAGGGCUACUAAAGACUUGGAACGAUACAAUAAACAAAUUAAGAAAGCCAUUGAACAGGAGUCACAGAUACCAUUAAAGGAUGGCAGAAAAAAGAUAAAACCCACCAGCGCAUGGAACUUGGCACAGAAGCACAAGUUGAAAACCUCAUUAUCUAAUCAGUCAAAACUUGAUGAACUCUUUCAAUCCCAAAUUGAAAAGAAAAAGAGCCAAAACAUUAAAAUAGUUCAGAUCCCGUUUUCAAUGGAAAACUUAAAAAACAAAAUGCGGAAACAUAAAGAAUUUGACUUAGAAGAGAAGGAGGAAUUUCGUUUGAUCCAUAAUCUCAGGUUUCCCGAUGGUUGGCUAAUCACAUCUCAAUCAGAGGUAAUGUUAUUAAACCCAUAUAGAGUGGAAGAAGCCCUGCUAUUUAAAAGACUCCUUGAGAAUCAUCAGCUUCCUGCAGAGCCACUGGAACAACCAAUUAUAUUAACAGAGAGUCUUUUUAAUGGAUCUCAUUAUUUAGAGAUUUUAUAUAAAAUGACAUCAGAUGACCAAAGAUACAGUGGAUCAACUUACCUUUCCGAUCCUCGUCUUACAGCAAAUGGUUUCAAGAUAAAAUUGAUACCAGGAGUUUCCAUUGCUGAAAACUACUUGGAAAUAGAAGGACUGGCUAAUUGCCUCCCAUUCUACGGAGUAACAGAUUUAAAAGAAAUCCUUAAUGCUAUAUUAAACAAAAAUGCAAAGGAAGUUUAUGAAUGUAGACCUCGAAAAGUGAUAAGUUAUUUAGAGGGAGAAGCAGUGCGUCUAUCUAGACAGUUACCCAUGUAUUUAUCAAAAGAGGAUAUCCAAGACAUUAUCUGCAGAAUGAAGUGCCAAUUUGGAAAUGAAAUUAAAGGAUGUGUUCAUGGCCGUCCGUUUUUUCAUCAUUUAACCCAUCUUCCAGAAGCUCCAUGAGUAAAUGUUUAAGAAAAUUAGUAUUGAAAUUAAAUUGUCAUAAAAUAAUAUGGGUCACCUUUUCAGUCAUCUUUGUACUAUCGUGUUAAAUGGUUAUUUUGUAAGUAAGAAUCACUGGCUUGUUUGUAUAUUGAAAAAAAUUCCCAAAAUAGAAAGCUUAAAUAAAUAUAGACGAUUAAUUUUAUAUUUAAGAAACAACCUUUACAACAGUUACUGGUUGAAAACUCCAAAAUAGGAAAUACCUAAUGUUAUUGGAUGGUUGACUUACUAGGUGCUAUAAACUGAAUUGCAUAUCCCAAUUUCAUAAGUUGGAGCCCUAACCUUCAAUGCAGUGUUAUUUAUACAUGGGUCCUUUGGGCAGGUAAUUGGGUUUAGACGAAGUCACAAGAGUACUACCAUCAUUGUGGGAUUAGUGCCCUUAUAAGAAGAGUCACUUGAGAGUUUUCCUUCUGUUUCUCUCCUCCCCCACCACUCUCAUGUGAGGACGGAGAAGGUGACCUUCUAAAAUCCAGGAAGAACACUCACACCAGAAAUCAAAGAUGCUGGCUGGCAUCUUGAUCUUGAACUUCUAGCUUCCAGAACAGUGAGAAAAUAAAUGUUGUUUAAAUCACUAGUCUAUAGUAUAUUAUUAUGGCAAUCUGAGCUUACAAACUGGGUCAGUCCUGUGCAGGGAGAAAUCACACAGACUCGCUGGCAUAUCUGACAGAAGUUGUCAGUUUUACUUAAAAUAGGAUAGACAGUGGGAAAAAAAGAGAACAUGAAUUUCAGAGGAAGAAGGGGCAUAGCUUUGAGAAUUCUUGCUCUUACCUCAGUUUGGGGGGAAAUAGCUUAUAAAUUGCUAUCCUUUAUAUGGAAAUUGGACUUUGGGGUAAAAACUUGUAAGAGAACAUGGAAGAAUCUAGAUUUUUUUUUUAAGAUUUAUUUAUUUAUACAAGCUUUGGGCACAGUCAGAAGCGCGGGAGGAUGAGAGAAAUCACCAGAGCCAGAGCGGAGAGUGGAACAGGCAGAGUGACGAAAUACACUGCUGAGGGGAGCAGCGGGCAGCAGGAGAGGUCUGUGCGCCCUCUGGGACCCUCACCCGGCGGCCAGGGAUCGAACUGGCGCUGCAGAGGCUGCGGGCAGCUUCGCAACCCAGCGCUCAACCGCUGCGCCACAGAGGAGGCCCCUGAAUCUAGAUUUUUUUAAAAACAAAAUUUAGGUGAAGAUUACCAGAUCUGGUUUCAAAAACCAGAUGCCACUAUACAUCUAAAUGCUUAAUGUGCAAAAAAUUGAAACUUGAUUUUAAUGAAUAAAUAUGAUGUAUAAAGUAAGAUGUUUUGUAUUGAAUACAGUUCUCCACAAUCACACCAUCUCUCAUAAUUUUCAAGGAGAAUUUUAAAAUUCUUAAGAUUCUUGUGUUAAGUAGUACAAAUUUUGAUACCAUGAAGAUCCAUGCAUAGCUGGGCCAUUUCUGCUAACUUUGUAGUGUUUCCCAUAACCCAAUACAAUCUUUCCCUUCCUAUUAUACUUUGAAAAUGUGGGUCCCAUUCCUGUUCUCUUUGAUUUACUAGGUAAGUUGUAGAAAUAAGCUCAGAGAUAUAGAAGAUGAUGAAAUAUAAAUUUUCUAGCUGGUAUAGUCUAUUGUUAUGAGAUCCUACAAUGGCCUCUUAAGUGAAUAAACUUACUUUGUGUCUUCAUUUCUGCUUGAAUUAUGCCCAAGCCGGUUGGUAAUAAUGACUUCAGGUAUUUACCACGUGUUUAGUAGAAAACACCAUGUACUUACCUUGUAUAAACUAAUCCCAGUUACUGUUCUUAAUCAUUACUGUAUUCCCAACUCUCAGAAAUAGACUCCAGAAAACAUUAGGAUCAUCUUAAGUAUUUGGGAGAAAAAGAAAGUUAAAACAUUGCCUGACGCCACUGUAACAAAUGCUUCUGUAAAAGUGGACCAGCUUUGGGAUACAACAUUUUUCAACACUCUGCGAUGGCAGUGGGAGGGAGAAGAGCUCAGUGGUUCCUGGUUGCUGGAGGAGGCCACACAAGUCCCGCUUCUGAGGGCGUUGCUCAGCCACCCUCCUCCCUCUCCCACAAUGCCUUGCAGCAGCUGUAGUCACACCACCCA